CGGUUUCUAUUAUGAGCCUAUUCGUGCAGUUAAUCUAGUUCCCAAACACCGUAUUUCGCGAUAUAUCUUCACAACCGAUAUUAAUAGCAUAUUUUAAUGGAAAGAAGUGUGUUUUUUUCUAGGCUUCUGCCUACUGUGAAGCAUGUCAUUGAUUGUUUAAAAGCAACCAAGGACGAUUUAAAAACCAAUUGUGUGACAUCACUGCCAGUGGGUCGCUCUGACGUCAGGUGGUGGAGUUAAAGAUGCUCCAGCUGGGUGGAGAGUGAGAGCGAACGAGCAUUCAGAGAUCAACAUCAGCAUCACAAGAUGGGAAACGUUCAACCCACAAUAACUCCGUAUGAGGACUUUGAUGUGGUGGCAGACAUCAAAGCAAUUCGUAAAGCCUGCAAAGGAAUGGGAACAGAUGAGGAAACCAUCAUUUCUAUCCUUGCAAAUCGUUGCGCAGCCCAGCGGAUGGAGAUUAAACAGGCAUACUUUGAAAAAUAUGAUGAUCUGGAGGAAGUGUUGAAGAACGAACUCGCAGGGAACUUUGAGAACGCGGUAAAGGCCAUGUUGGACCCACCAAACGUCUUCUUGGCUAAGGAACUGAGGAAAGCUAUGAAAGGAGCAGGCACAGAUGAGAACGUGCUGGUGGAGAUCCUCUGCACCAGCAACAAUCAGAAUAUAUUGACUUGUAAAGAGUCAUACAUUCAAGUACAUGAGCGUGAUUUGGAGGCUGACAUUGAAGAUGACACUAGCGGAGAAGUGAGGAAUCUUCUGGUUUCUCUUUUACAGGCCGACAGAGAUGAGUCUUAUGAUGUGGAUGAAGAGCUGGCAGAACAAGAUGCAACAUCUUUGUUUGAAGCAGGUGAAGGUCGCUUUGGAACAGAUGAGUCUACUUUCACCCAUAUCCUCACUCACAGGAACUACCUACAGCUUCAGGCUACCUUCAAGAUAUACGAGACUCUAUCUGGGACAGAUAUCCUGGAUGCCAUAGACAAUGAAGCUACGGGAACGUUGAAGGACUGUUACAUUACACUGGUGAGAUGUGCUAAAAACCCACAACUGUAUUUCGCACGUUGCCUGAAUGCUGCCAUGAAAGGAGCUGGAACAGAUGAGGAUACACUCAUACGCAUCAUUGUGGGACGUUCUGAGGUGGAUUUGGAGACCAUAAAGGACAUGUACUUGGAGAAAUAUGAUGUUACAUUAAAGGACGCCCUGAGCUCAGAGUGUGGCGGGGACUUUAAACGCCUCCUCAUAGAAAUACUUCACUGAAUGAUUGCCAGAUGGAGCCAAAGAGUCAAUUACUGAAUUCACUUACAACACUGCCUUUAAAAAGUAUACAGUAUUUAACAACUAGAAUCACCUCUUCUGUACACAAGGAGCACACUUGAGCUUCCUUUGUCAUCAGUGCUUUUUUUGAAUUGGCCAGAAUAUAUUCACAUGCAUUUUACAAAUGAACACACUUUGUCAUAACAUUUUCUUACAUCUGAAAUGGUUGUCCUUUAGACAGUUUAAAAUAGUUUUUAUUACCUUUAACUCACUACACACGUGCCUUGACAGUGUCAGAACAUUUGCUGUUCUGUUUUUCACACACCGUUUCUUUUACAGGACAAAUCCUAGUGCACAAAGGGUGAUUCUUGGUUUAAUGCUCUCUCUGUUCACAGUGAUUAUAUUUGCUUAAGUUCUACAAACUAUAUAUAUACAUGUAUAACUAUAAAUGGUACUAAAGUCAGUAAUGCUAACUUAUGACAGUUAUUUUAUUUAAAGCACCUAGAGCAAAGAAGGUCAUUGAUAAUGCUUUUAAACAUUGGGCAUUUAUUUGUUGCUGCACAAUUAUGAUUGUUAAUAUUCUAAAGCCAUGUAUAGUGACGGAUAAUAUUGACUUUUGUUGUCCCAAAGACUACUGAGUGCACAUUAUCUAUAAAGCAUGAUGGAUUACACUAAAUAGUUUGUAGCUAUGUAAUGCAGUUUUGUGUAUGUGAUUAUACAUUGAAAAACAAAA